AUGACCUCCCCACUCCCGUGCGUUCAGCUCAGCCCGGCAAGCACCAAUACUUGGACCGACCCCAUUCUCUGUGAGGAGACUCGAGCCAGACUGGUUCAUUUUCGCAGCCUUGGAUGGCUCCCUCCAUAUUUCAAGCCAAGGACGCUGGCAGGCAUUGCAGUCAUCGAACGUUACUGGCGGAAAGAGACAGCCCAGAAAGAAUACUUUCAGAAUGCACCUGUGCUCGAAGUCGAUAAACAGAUCAAGCAACUUCUCGGUCUGUCCGAUUUUGAAGACAGUGAUGUUGACAACUCUAGCGAUGAAGAUUGGGAGCUUCCUAUCCCAGAAUACGUCUUUUCCGAGCGGGCACGCCUAGUGGAAAAUUUCUACGGAUCCGAAGCAGAGAACUUUGAUGAAGACCAGCUUCUUGCACGACGUAUCUAG